CGGAGUUCCAAAACCGGCGGCGCCGAACUGAGCAAAACCAAUUGCGGGAGGAGGAGAAGCACGCGACGCCAGCAGACCAAUCGGGAUUCCCCGUUCAGAUUCCAUUCGGUUCGAUCCCCUCUCCUCCGUCGCCGGCGCCGGCACCGUUCAUGGCGUCGCGCUCCUCCUCGCAGUUCGACGAUCCGGCGGCGGUGAGGCGCCCCCCGCAGCAUAAGCGGAAGCCGCCGUAUAUGCUGCUGCUCCCGCUCGUCUACGCCCCCGUGCUCCCCCUCAUCAGGAUCGGGCUGCGGAACAACCCCGUGUUGAGGGACCGUCUCUUCUACGGCGUCCUCGCCGGCGCAUUCGCCCACGGCGCCUACCUCAUAUCGGAGCUAUAUGAUGUAGAGAGCAAAUGAGUUGCAUCCUUCUAAAGAUCAGGAGAUGAGUUUUCAGACCGCAAUUUUGAUUAUAUUGAAUCCGCAUUGGAUAAGGGCUGACUGGGUCUUCAGAUUGACUAGUGUGCCAUGUACCUACCUAUAUUUCCUUCUGCUCAUGCUAUUAUGUUUGCCAAAAGGAUAGAGUUUGAGCACUCGAAAUAAUCCUGACAGCGAGAAAUAUAUAUCCAUUCAUAAGUCAUUGGCUUGCGUUAAUGAAUGAUUUGAUUAUGUUA